AACAACAGCUUCAACAUUUCGCUGCCUUAUAUGCAGAUAUCCAAUAUGCGUAUACGAGAUUCGAAGUACGGGCCGGCGCUAGUCAUUCAGACGCUCGAAACAGCAGGAUCAUAUGUGCUUGGGUUCCGUAUAGAUCCGCAGGAUAAACUUGGGGAUGUUUAUAAAGAGUUGCUUUCGCUGCACAGUGUUUAUACGGAAACUCCCGUUUUUGGAGUGUUUUAUGAACCGAAACCUGAAAUGACCCGUCCCCAGACCGAGCCGAUUGACGAUAUCGAGGAACUGGACCAAUCGGCGGGAAGUGAGAUCAAUAGUAAGUUUACUGCCUAUCUGUCGGAUUCGGACGCUGGAGGCAAACGUCGGAAACCAUUCUACUGCAAGGAACUGGGUUUUGCCAUGGAAGCCAUCAAGGAGGGCUACACGCUGAAAGAUCUGUGGGAAGUGGUCCCUAGCUCGGCGACAUCAGUAACAUCAACAGCAGCGAUGUAAUUAACAAAAUCACCUUUAAUUCAACCAACAUUGGUAUUCAUUGGUGUUUGACCAUUAAAAUCUUCUCAGGACCACGGACACUGAUGUUGUGUUUGGUGGUUUCAGCAGAUAGUUUUUGAUUGAUUGAUUUAUUUAUAGAGGCUCUAAAUAUUUAGUUCAUUCGCCUUUUCUGCCGCUCAUAGCAAGUCCGUCCCAUUUGCGUUUUCAUCAUUUUUCAGUUUAUCGCUGGAAACACUUUAAUUUCAUAUGUUGUUUCAAGAGAAAACUUUGUUGUCAGUACUUUGUUCUGAAGAACAUUGAAAAAAACCUCAAGUAAAUUUGUCCCAUUGGACGAAUGAUCGCAAGUCGGUCCCAUAUGGCAUAAAUCAUCGCAAGUCGGUCCCACAGCCAUAAGGGCCCAGCAAAUUAUUUUCAACAAAAUCAAAACAAAAAAAUAAUCCUCAUAAAGCGGGAAUCUUUAAUAUGCCGUAGCAGAGUCAGAUUCUGUUGAUUACUUUGAUUAAAAACGCAUACAAAUGCCGAGUUAUCGAAAGACUUUUUACGAAUUUUCAAUGCCGUUUUUCUCAUUUCAACAAAAACGCAAAUGGGACGGACUUGCUAUGAGCGGCAGUUUUGCAGCAGAUAGUUUUUCCCGCGAAUGCACAGACAUGUUUAUAGACGGAAAAAUACUGUUUCUAAACGAAUAUUCAGCGAUAUUGACUAAUUAUUGUGUAAAAAUGUCUUUCCCAUUAAACAAUAUGUCAGGUCGAUUACCCUUAUGCGCUCACUGGAGCCAUUAAUAAGAAAACUAGAUAUUUUUCUUUUUUAGGAAAAUACUGCUUGUAUACUUGUAAGUUUCUAUGGUAGAAACGUUUCAAUUUCAACAAUUUAAAGAGAAAAUAAAGAAAUUUGUUAUAGCUUACCUUCAAGAAUUCCUGCAUGUGAUUCAUUUGUUGUGUUGAUGUUUUCAAACUCAGUAGGAUUUGCAUUUCAAACAUUAUUCAAAUUAAUCCUACUUGUGUUAAAUACCUAUAUAAUAGUGUUUCCAAUCCAAUCCUUAAGUUUUCUCAAUUUUCACUUUCACUUUCGAGAGAAGGUUGGUAGCGGUAAAUAUCGCAGUAGAUCGACUUCUCCUACGUCCUCGUCCUCGUCCGCGUCCGCGUUUUCGACGUCGACGCUGAAUGGGUCGUUGAGGUUCUGUAGCUAACCCAAAGGAACCAUUAUCGAUGUCCGUCCGGCAGAAUCUUUGAAACUGUCAAAUGAAAUAGUAUCGAUAAUUAUUGUUAGAGAGAAUAGCAGAAUAAAAUCCGUGACAAAGUACAAAAAAAUAUAUAUAUAUAUAUUAGGGACAGAUAGUCCAUACCUUGGGUGCCCUUGAUUGAAAGUUUUUUAGUUGAGGAAUAUCCGCUUCUGUCCAAUUCUUUCUCAGCUGUGGAACAAUACCAUGCAUGAUUGGUCGGAGAUAUUUUGCCGGAGCUUUCAUUUGCAUUAUCAAACCUUCAUCAAUUUCUUGGCGCAAAUGCGUAAUUACCAUGCGUUCGACAAAUCUUUGUUUUGAAAUGCGCUCAAAA